AUGCACGCCCUCGGAUUUCUCAGGAGAAAACGGACAAGAGACGGAAACUCGGGCCAUUCAUCGGGAAGCAAUCCAACGAGCCCCGUGACAUCGACAUCGAGCAACUCCGACCGCGCCAGCUUUUCCCGCGGCUCCCGCUCCAGCGGCAUCUCACAAUUCAGCCAUCGCUCGUCUGCGACUGCUAUUCACCCGAGCAGGUCGGCGGAAGCGGCACUACAGCAGCAGCAACCACAGCAACCACAAGCACAGCCAGAAGAUCAGCCUGCCAUGAACACCCUCACAGCACCCCAAGCACCCUACGGGGUGCCACAGCAUUCACCCUCUCCCUGCACUGACCCCCAGAAUAUGACGCGCAUUUCGAACCUCAUACAUCCUCCACCGCAACCGGGGCAGCAAGGCACCCAAUACGCCCAGUACAGUUCGAACAACGGCGGGGCAACGAACCAACCGCAACAAGAACAGCAGCAGCCACAAGCACAACAACCACAAACCCAAGACCAGACGCAAGUCGCUGCAGCAGCGGCGGCAGCACAAGCACAAGCCCAGGCGGAAGCGCGAGUGACGAGGGGUCGAUAUUCGCUAGCGGACUUCGAGCUGCUCCGGACUCUGGGGACGGGUAGUUUCGGGCGUGUGCACCUGGUACAGUCACGACACAACCACCGGUUCUACGCCAUCAAAGUGCUCAAGAAGGCGCAAGUGGUCAAGAUGAAACAGGUUGAACACACCAAUGAUGAGCGCAAGAUGCUUGGCGAGGUCAAGCACCCGUUCUUAAUCACAUUGUGGGGCACGUUUCAAGACCCGCGGAAUCUGUACAUGGUGAUGGACUUUGUCGAGGGUGGUGAGCUCUUUUCGCUGCUGAGGAGAUCAGGGCGCUUUCCGAACCCGGUGGCCAAGUUUUACGCUGCCGAAGUGACUCUAGCCCUCGAAUACCUCCAUUCCCGCAACAUCAUCUAUCGCGACCUCAAGCCGGAAAACCUGUUACUCGACCGUCACGGCCACCUCAAGAUCACCGACUUUGGCUUUGCCAAGCGCGUGCCAGACAAGACAUGGACGCUCUGCGGGACACCCGACUACCUUGCGCCCGAAGUGGUUUCCAACAAGGGCUACAACAAGUCUGUGGACUGGUGGUCCCUCGGCAUUCUCAUCUACGAGAUGCUCUGCGGGUACACGCCGUUCUGGGAUAGCGGGUCGCCGAUGAAGAUCUACGAAAACAUUCUUCGCGGGAAGGUCAAGUACCCGGCCUACGUCAACCCGGACGCGCAAAACCUGCUGGAGCGCCUCAUCACCGCGGACCUGACCAAGCGCCUCGGCAACCUGUUUGGCGGUUCACAAGACGUCAAGAAUCACCCCUGGUUCGCCGAGGUUACGUGGGACCGCCUCGCUCGCAAGGACAUUGACGCGCCGUACUCGCCGCCUGUGAGGGCGGGCGCCGGUGAUGCGAGCCAGUUUGACCGGUAUCCGGAAGAAACGGAGCAGUAUGGCCAAGGGGGGCAUGAUGAAUACGGAUAUUUAUUCCAGGAUUUUUAG